AUAUUUCAAGGAAGUUGCCCAAUCAGCAAGACGUGGAGACAACGUGGAUGAUUUUUUAGGCUGUGUUAAUUUACCUUUGGAAGAAAUAUCAGCCGCUGGUGUAGAUCGGUGGUUCCGCCUUCGAGGACGUACCAAUCGCUCUAAUGUUCAAGGACAAAUACACUUGAAAUUAAAAUUUGGAACUCGUGAAGAUCGAGGAAUUGCUGCUGGAAAUAAUAAUUUGCGAGAGAUUCGAGAACAUCAAAAACUCUUUUGGAUAUUCAUGGACCAUGAACUUAGAAAAUUUGAACGUAAUAGUUAUGAAUGGUCAGGAGAAAUGCCGCAACAAGCUCUUUUAAUCUUGCAUCAACAUGCUUUACAAGGAGAUAUAACAGAUUUACAACAAUCAGUAUGUCAGUGGUUGGCUAUUUACCGUAAGCAUAAAGAAGUUAUUCUUGAUUAUGCAUUUCUGUAUCAACAACUUGAAGAAUUGUCUCUCGCUUGGGAUAAAAAUGAAGAGGUACUCUCAAUGGAAGAAGAAGGAGACUUAUCUGAAUCUCUCAAUGAAUUUGUCGAACACUGUAUUGAGCUCUUACGUCAUCAUCGGAAGUACUUUACUCCUCAUAAUACUUUGUCUUGGCACAGAAUGAAAUUCAUGAUGAAAUCCUUAUCAAUAACAUAUUUGAUGAAUGCUUUCAAAGAAUUUUUUCCCUUUCGUAACGACUUUCACGUUGAAGUAUCAAACGCUUUGAAGAAGAGUAAUACUAUCUGGAUGGAAGAAAUAAAGUCAGAAAUUGAACUCAAUCAGGAUAGUCCGAAUUCCGUUCAUAGUUUUAUUCAAUUCAUUGAUCGCAUAAAUUAUGAUUUAAACAAAGCUGAAGCACACCAUCAUCAUUUGAUUGAAAGUAUUCUUUUCAUUGAUUAUCUGCCUUUGGUAUUCAAGCAAACAGGGAAACAGAUAUACGAUGAAAUAGUGAAAAGGAUUGGACUACGCCCCCUACCAGAGCAAAGGCUGGAUUGUGAUGACGGCCAUGACUCAGAUACAUACAUAGCAGAAGAAAACCGUGAAUGCGUAAACAAAUUUUUAUUCAAUAUAAAAGAAACUGAAGUCUUUGAACUGUAUCUUGCCCUUCGAGAUUUCAGCCAUUUCAAGAAAUGUUUGCACGAUGAAGAGCCAGCUAAUAAAGCACUCGCAAUAUCUCAUAUGUGGUUUAUUGAUGUUAUGUGUCAUUGGUUCUGUUCAUCCAGACAUAAACUUCGCAGUCGAAUUUUAGUAUCCAUUAGUCAUGAUCGAGUAUUAAAAGACGCGACUUCCUUAACAAAGGAGCUUGAUUUUGGGGAAAGAAAUAAGAAAGUUGAUCUCGCUUCAUUUAAUCCAAAAUGCAGUACCUCAGCUUUGGAUACGGUUUCCUGUUUUUCUCAGCUUCGAGAAUUUUGGAUGCAUCUCGCUUGGCCAGAUGAAGGCUCAAUUUUUCCAUUUGUAUAUAGUAUUAUUCAGGCCAUAGUAUCUGGGGUUGUGUUGUACGCCAAUGCUGUUUGGAAACAACUGAGAGAAGAAUGCAAUGCUGCCAGUAGACGGCGAACAGCACAAGUAUCUAAAAAAGUAAUAUUGAGUUUAAAUAACAUAGCAACCGUCUUAGAAGGUCUCCAAGCAGUUGAAGAUGGUUUAAAUCUACCGUCAGUAUUUCGAGCUUAUGGUGAAGCUGAAGGUAAAGCUAAAGCUCAAGAAUGCCAAAUACAAGUUGAAGAAUCCCUCCACAACGCACAACGUCAUGUUGAAAGAAUUCAGAAAGUAGUUCUAGACAGAUUUUCAGAAGAAAUGAACCCAGUAAUUCGUAAACUUGUGUUCCAUGUAGCAUAUGCUCCAGAUAAAUUAGAAUCCAAAACGAGUGUUAAACCCUUAGUGGAGUAUUUGCAGAAGUCUUUCACACAAAUCCAAUCGAGCUUUGUUGAUGUAUCUUAUCAAAAAAUGGUGCUUUUAAUUUGGGAACAAAUAAUUGAGGAGCUAAAGAUAACAGCGUCGUCCAAUAUUGGGAAAGAAAAAACUAGAUUUUUCCAACGUUUGCACACGUGUUUGGAUAUUCUCUUCGAUUAUUUCGAUCACAAUGGUGAGUUUAGAAAUCAAGACCUUAAAACAGAUUCCUACCUAUCCCUAGAAAGAGAACUGCAACUACAAAGACAAGAGGCGAAGAACUUGAUUGAGCUGUAUUACUCUAAAAGAAUACAGGAUCAGGAAAGAAGCCAAAAUCAAGGUUCAUCAUUUGGCUCAUUAGUUGUCAAAGCUUACUACAAUGAUGUUUUAGAAAUACUUAGUGUUGAAGUUAUAAAUGCUCGAGACCUACGUGCCUGUGAUCCAAACGGUCUCAGUGAUCCAUUCGUGAUAUUGAAACUUAUUCCACGCCAUGUCUUCCCAAACAGUUCUACAUAUAAAACUAAAGUUCACAUGAAAACACUUGAUCCAGUUUUCUUGGAGUAUUUCGAGUGGUCACUUCCAUGGGAACUUUUUGAGUCCAAUAAUGGUGCUAUAAACUUAGUAGUUAUGGAUUUCGAUUUUAUGCGAAAAAACGAUUUUGAAGGAGAAGCUUUUCUACGUUUUGACCAAUUAGAGUUCAUAAACACCAUGAAACCACCAGAACCUAUUGAGCUUAAUCUCACAGUGCCAGAUUUCAGUUGUUCACCCCCUGAUGAAGAUGGGAAGGAAACAGCAUUCAAUGUGUCCAGAUUUAGUAAAGGUGAUAUACUUAAUACUCUUGAAACAAGGCCUUGGGACAAUGCUGCAACUACAUUCCUAAAAAGUGAAAAAUUUAAGCAUCUUUGAAAGUUUUUCAAAGUAUUCAUCUAAUUGUGAAUGAUGCCAGCUUCAUAAUUUCAUGAACUGCCAAUUGCCAUAUAUGAUUUUAAAUAAAAACAUGACCUAAGACAAGGAGUCAUUUUAUUUAUUGCAUGUGUUAAAUUCUUUAAAUGGAGAUUAUAUAUCUCAAAUAAUUUGUCUUGUGUAAUUUUUAAUGAGUACUACAUCAGUGAUUAUACAUUCUCUGUGACUUCAUUGCUUCAUUUAAUCAAUGUAAUAAAAAUAUAUUGCCAGAAUGUGAUGCAAGACUUUUAUAUUUCUCACUGAAAAUCUUGAGUUAAAAGAAUUUUAAUUUCAGAAAUUCAAUGAAUAUGCUUAAUACUGUUAUUGUUUAUGUGAAAUAUUUGUAAUUUGCUUGAUUAUAAUAUUUCAGAUAAAAUUUUGUUUUAUUUAGUGAGAAAUGUCUUGAUAAUAAAAUGGUUGUGAAAAAGA